GAGAAGUUGCGUGUCACUCCCACUUUUUCGUACUUUUACUGUCAAGUCUCUUUUUUAAAAAUGGGUCGCCGUCCUGCUCGUUGCUACCGCUACCAAAAGAACAAGCCCUACAUCAAGUCGCGCUACUGCCGUGGUGUGCCCGAGUCGAAGAUUCGUAUUUUCGACGUGGGUGCCAAGAAAGCCCCGGUGGAUCAGUUUCCCUUUGUAGCGCAUUUGGUCUGCGAUGAAAAGCAGCAGAUCUCUUCCGAAGCACUCGAAGCGUGCCGUGUUGCCAUUAACAAGCAUUUGUCCAAGAACAUUGGUAAGGACGCCUUCCACAUUCGUAUCCGGGCUCAUCCGUUCCACGUUCUGCGGGCCAAUAAGAUGCUGUCGUGCGCCGGUGCCGAUCGACUUUCCUCAGGAAUGCGGCACUCGUACGGAAAGCCCAUUGGUGUGGCGGCUCGUGUAGAUAUUGGACAAAUUCUCAUCUCCGUCCGAUCCAAGGACACCCACGAAGCCCACGUCAUUGAAGCCAUUCGCCGAGGAAAGUUCAAGUUUGCCGGACGACAAAAGAUCCUCAAGAGUCUUAAAUGGGGAUUCACCUCAUACCCUCGCGAGGAAUACGUCCGUAUGCGCCGCUGUGGUGAGCUCAGCGCCGACGGAAACAUCGUCAAGGUGCACAACCGUCGCGGUCCUCUCGAAAAGUCGGCUCUGUACAAGGCCGGACAGGAGUAAAGCAUAAAAAAGCAUCGUUGCAACCGU